AUGGCACCUCAAACCCCCGCAGGAAGCACGACAAGUGGGCCGACCACGUCGCCCCAGGACCUGGUCCGCAUGGUACAACAACUCCAGACCAGGAUCCAGCAACUUGAAAGCAGCAACCAGCAACUUGAAGCACAAGUCAUGGCAGCCCCAGUGACAGGAAACAGUGGGUACAAGUUACCCCCUCCAGCUUCUUACAAUGGGAAGGAUGGCAACGUCCAAGGCUUCCUUACCCAGGCCAAGGCCUACCUCAGGUUCUACAUACGCCAGAUCAAUACAGAACCAGACAAGGUGCUCUGCAUGGCAGGAUUCCUCAAGGGCGAUGCCCUGGAAUGA